CCACAGCAGCUAUUACCAUCAGUUGGCCUCAAAGAAAGAGAGACCCUUCUACUCCGCCAACACUCAACAGGCAAAACGAACCUCCAAGGAAAGGCAAAAAAGACAAGGCUCAGACAACAACAACAACCCCCCCCCCCUUCUUCGUGCCUUCCGACACGCCUCUCUUUUUUUAUUUCUUUCCUGUUUCGUUUUGCCGAGAUGUGCCGCGCCCACCCCCGGAGGCACCCCUGCUCGCACACGUCGGUCCACUGGCUGUACUGCCCGCGCGCGCACUUCGACGUGCGCAGGGGCCGUGUAUCUGGCCCUUGCAACUCGCAGACGCAAGCGGCGAUGCAGUCCGUCGGGACGAGAUGCACGCUGCAGCACUGCGCAUUCGGGGACCUCGGCGGGGGCUGGCACUGCUGCCAGUGCGGCCAGGGGCCCAACAGCUUUGGCUGGUGCACGGCUCCGGCUCCGCGGGACUCGGUGCUCGCCGACGGCGUGUGGGGACAGCAGCAACAGGACGAGGAUUGGGCGAGUACUGCUACUACUAGCACUGCUGGUGGCGGCGGUGGUAGUGCUGGUGGUAGUAGUGCCGAUGACGAUGAUGUUAGUGGUGCGGCGGGGCCGAGCAGCAGCAGCAGUAGUGGUGCUGGCGUGACGGGGUGGCCCUACGCGGAAACCUAUCCCAACUUGUGCGGACACAUGUGCUGUGCAUCUUGCACGCCUCUUGACGGGGAGAUUUCCGCGACAGCCACCACCACCAGCAGUUCCCGCCGCAGCAAGAGGAGCCGCAAGGACAAGUCCGGUUCAACGCGGCGGUAGAUAGACGCUGGGCCACACGCUGGUGUUUUUGCAUUCAUUCACUUGGUUAUCUUUUGUUUUAAUGCGAGGGGCUCCGGGUGGUUUUGCUGUCUUCCGCAUGUCGGUUUCUUCAGGGAGGGUGUCCAUCCAACAACGGCGUUAUUCAUUCAUGAUGUUUUGCAGUCUCUUAGAAAUGGCCAGCUCCUA